AUGGAGAUGCGCCCCCUGCUGGUCCUGCCCCUGCCUCUGCUCGCCUCUGUGCUGUGUCUGGCCCGUCCAGCAGAGGGCGCAGGGUUCCGGGUGGGCGUGGUGGGACCGUGGAGCUGCGACCCGCUGUUCGCCAAAGCUCUGCCUCACGUGGCCGCCCAGCUCGCCAUCAACCGCGUCAACAGAGACCCCGCCCUCUCCCACGCACACACCUUUGAGUUCACCGUACUGCAGGAGCCGUGUGAGUCUUCUCGGGGUCUCGAGACGUUCCUGGGGUUCCACACUAAAGCUUCAGCGUUCACUGGACCAGCCAACCCCGGAGUCUGUGACAGCGCGUCCAUGAUCAGCAAAGGGUGGAACAAGGCGCUGUUCCCAUGGGGCUGUGUGGGAGAUGAUCUGGAUGAUCUCCGGAACCACCCCACCCUCGCCCGCUCCAUGCCCCGCCCCACGUGGGUGCUUCUACGGGUGCUGUCCUACUUCAGAUGGGCCCACGUCGCCGUACUGUCCUCCUCUGAAGACAUCUGGAUUGAGACUGCCACAAAGGUGGCGGACUCCCUGAGGGGCCAUGGGCUGCCCGUCAGACUGGUCAGUUUUAUGGAGGACACUCCUCACAGCAUCAGGAGAACUCUGGGAAAAAUCAGGAAGAUGAAAGAGAUCCGAGUGGUGCUUCUGUGCAUGCACUCAGCUCUGCUCGGCGGUGACCUACAGCGGCGUGUUCUGGAAGCAACCUAUGACCUCCAGAUGAUUGACGGGUCCCUGGUCUUCAUCCCCUAUGACACUUUGCUGUACAGUCUGCCGUACCAGAACGUUACCUACCCAGCGCUGAAGAAAAACGCCAAACUGCUGAGAGCCUAUGAUGCCGUGCUCACCAUCACAGUAGACUCGCCUCGUCAGUCCUUUUACCAAGCCUACAGCGCUGCCAUGGAGACGGGCGAGGUGGCUAAGACGGUCGCUCCGCACCAGGUGUCUCCACUCUUCGGGACCAUCUACACCUCCGUACUGUUGGUGGCCCAGGCUCUGCACAGGCUCAGGUCUAGAAAAGAGUGGCUCUCUGGGGGGAACCUGGCCCGGCACACGGCCAACCUGCAAUUUCAGGGCUUCAGUUUCCCUGUUAAAACUGACGCCUCUGGAUCUGUUCUCACUGACUUCCUCAUCUUGGACUCAGACGGAGAGACCUGGGAGCUAAAGCCCACUCACAGAAUCGACCUGGAGGCCGGUCUGGUGCGCUUCCUGGGGUCAGAGAUCCACUUCCCUGGAGGCUGGGGACCACAGAAAGACGCCCCCUGCUGGUUCACCCCAGGAGUGCUGUGCUCUGGAGGUGUGGAUGUGUUUUCCACUCUGAUCGUGUUCCUUUGGGCUGUGGCGUGUUUUGUCUCGAUGGUCGCUCUGACAUACGGCGUGCGGCGGCGCAUUGUCCAGUUUCAAAUGGUCCGAGGUCCAAACAAAAUCCGCCUGACUCUGGAUGACGUCACUUUUAUUAACCCAUCGCUUAGCAACAAGUUGAGCCGUGACGACAGCAAAACCAGUGGUUUAAAGAGCGUCUCCACUGUGAGUCACGCCUCAGAGUCCGUCCAGUCUCCAGCCACCUACGAGAACUCCAACGUGGUCAUCUUUGAGGGCGACUGGGCGUGGCUGAAGAGGCUUCCUGACGGCGCCUUCAAUCGAAUAAACCAGAAAACCAGUGAGGUGUUUGAACUGAUGAAGGACAUGCGUCAUGAGAACGUGAACCUCUUCCUCGGGUUCUUUCACGACUGUGGCGUCUUCGCCAUCGUCACAGAGUUCUGCUCCAGAGGAAGUCUGGAGGAUCUGCUGCUCAACCACAACGUCAAACUGGACUGGAUGUUCAAGUCCUCGCUGCUCCUGGACCUCAUCAAGGGCAUGAAGUACCUGCACCACAGGGGAGUGGUCCACACACGGCUCAAGUCCAGGAACUGUGUAGUGGAUGGGCGCUUUGUUCUGAAGGUCACAGACUUUGGAUUCAAUGAGGUCCUGGAGGCUCAGAGGUUCCCCUACAGCCAGCAGCAUGCAGAAGACUUGUUGUGGACAGCUCCUGAGAUCCUACGCUCUGGUCAGCCUGGUCUUUACGGGACACAGCCUGGAGAUGUGUUCAGUUUCGCGAUCAUCAUGCAGGAGGUGGUGAUACGAGGAGCUCCGUACUGUAUGUUAGACCUGUCCCCCACAGAGAUCCUGGAGAAACUGCGGCGGCCCCCUCCUCUUUGCCGCCCCCUGGUGAGUCCAGACUAUGCACCCCUGGAGUGUAUCCAACUCAUGAAGCAGUGCUGGACGGAGCAGCCGGACAAGAGGCCCGACUUUGAGAACAUCUUCGACCAGUUUAAAAACAUAAACAAAGGGAAGAAGACAAACAUCAUUGACUCCAUGCUGCGGAUGCUGGAGCAGUAUUCAUCCAACCUGGAGGAGCUGAUCCGAGAGCGCACAGAGGAGCUGGAGAUCGAGAAGCAGAAAACCGAGAAGCUCCUGACACAGAUGCUGCCUCCAUCUGUGGCGGAGGCACUGAAGGUUGGAGGUACUGUGGUCCCAGAGUACUUUGAUCAUGUGUCUCUGUACUUCAGUGACAUUGUGGGCUUUACCACCAUCUCCGCCAACAGCGAGCCCAUCGAGGUAGUCGACUUGCUCAAUGACCUCUACACACUCUUCGAUGCCAUCAUCGGCAACCACGACGUCUACAAGGUGGAGACAAUUGGAGAUGCAUACAUGGUGGCGUCUGGAGUGCCCGUCCCAAAUGAGAAUCGUCACGCGGCAGAGAUCGCCAACAUGGCUCUGGACAUCUUGAGUGCCGUCGGCUCCUUUAAAAUGAGGCACAUGCCUGACGUGCCUGUGCGCAUCCGCAUCGGACUGCACACGGGCCCGUGUGUGGCGGGGGUGGUGGGGCUGACGAUGCCGCGGUACUGUCUUUUCGGAGACACAGUGACCACAGCUUCUCGGAUGGAGUCUACAGGGAUGCCGUACAGGAUCCACGUUCACCAGAGCACCGUGAGGGUUCUGCAGGAACUCAGCCUCGGAUACAAAUUGGUGCUGAGGGGACGUACGGAAGUGAGGGGCAAAGGCAUCGAGGAGACGUACUGGCUCACCGGGAGAACCGACUUCACCAAACCUCUGCCUGUCCCCCCAGAGGUCAAGACGGGGCAGAUGGCCCACGGGCUGCAGAUGGCUGAGAUAGCGCAGUACAAGAAACGGAAGGAACAGGAACGACUUUUAAAGAAGAAAAACUGAGACGGACGUGCAGCAUGGCCAGCUCUCAGAGGAACAUGAAGCACGUCCUUCACAAAGCCGUGAAGAUGAUCUCACAUGUGCGAGUGGUGACGCAGCUGUACGGCC